AUGGAUAGUGAACUCCACCAACUUUCUUCAAGCUCCAGCGCCGACAAGAUGGAUUACCAGAACCGAGCAGGCUCCAAAUUCGGCGGCGGCGGCGUCGCCUCGAAAUCCGCCACCAAUGCAGACCGACGCGAGCGGCUGCGCAAGCUUGCCAUGGAGACAAUGGACGUCGAAAAAGACCCCUACAUCUUCAGGAACCACCUGGGCACAUUCGAGUGCCGACUCUGCCUGACAGUCCACCAGAACGACGGCUCGUAUCUCGCCCACACGCAGGGUCGCAAGCACCAAACGAAUCUCGCACGACGAGCUGCGCGCGAGGCGCGCGAAGGCAAGAACCAGGACCCAUCGUCUAUGCCCGGAGUCGCGGGUGUGCAGGUCAAGAAGCAGCUCAUCAAGAUCGGCCGGCCCGGAUACAAAAUCACCAAGGUCUUGGACCCUCUGACGCGCCAGCAGGGCUUGCUGUUCCAGCUGCAGUUCCAGGAGAUCACUCCUGGUAUCACGCCCCGUGUGCGCUUCAUGUCGGCUUUUGAGCAGCAGGUUGAGACGCCCGAUAAUAAGUUCCAGUACUUGGUUGUUGCUGCGGAGCCUUACCAGACUUGUGCGUUUAAGUUGCAGGCUAGGGAAGUUGAUCGUCGGGAUGAACGCUACUGGACUUGGUUCGAUGAGGAUAGUAAGGAGUUCUGGAUUCAGGUUAUGUUCAAGACUGAGCGGGAGGAGAUAUUCAGUGGUGUGCCUGGUCUGGCGCCCAUGCAGACUUGAAAUUCUUUCAUUCCUAUGCCCUUUUUUUGCUCAUUUAUCUGUCUUGCUCUGUUUUUCUUUCGGACACGCAUCAAAAGAUGGUGGUUGUCUCUAUGGCGGGAAUCAGGAUAGGCGUUUCGGGGUUGUUCCAUGUUGCUACUUAGUUUUUAUCUGAUUCUCGAGCGACUCGCUUUUCAUGACAAUUGAAAUUCAAUUUUGAUGGCAGACAUGCCAUCAACAAUACUUCCAA